AUGAACGCUAUAGUGUGUGUAAUUGUUGUGUCCAUCGUUGCUUUAUCGUCAAAUGGCUUCUUAUUUAACGACAAAGAGGACAUCAUACUAGUACCCUCGGUUGCUUUUCGAGAUCAUUCACCAACAGGACAAAGUUCAGGUUGGAUACUACAUAAUCAAGGUUGGUACUAUGAAGAUAAUCCUGUACAAGCAACGAUAAUGACAAAAGCCUUAUCUAUCGGAAUAAAAAAUGUUGAUAAAGAACGUAUAAGACUAUUCACAGCAAGUGGUGAAGAUGAUAAGAAAUUAUGUGUUGAAGGUUUAAACAGAGCUAUGUGUACGAAAACUGAUGAUGAAGGUAGAAUAAAAAAUACUUUUCAAAUGACAAAAGAAGAAGUUCAAUCGUUUAUUCAACCGGGAGGAAAUGGGGGUAAAGUAACAUAUACAGUUUCAACACCAAAUAAAAAACUUCAAGCAAAAGGUGAAAUUUAUUUAUGCGAUGAUAAUGGUAUAUCGUUCAUUAGUGAUAUUGAUGACACAAUUAAAGUGACUGGUGUCACAAGCACAGCAGCUGUACUAGCAAAUACAUUUGCUGGUGAAUACAAGUCUAUUGAAAAAAUGGCUGAUGCUUAUCGUUAUUGGGAGAAAAGAUACAAUGCAACAUUUUCAUAUUUAACCGCUUCACCUGAUCAAUUGUACCCGUUUUUACGAGAAUUUUUAGAUAGAGAAAAUUUUCCAAGUGGAAGUGCUCAUAUGCGUCAUUUUACGUGGUUCGAUGUUAAUUUCAUCCAAUUUUUUAUGUCGGCUAAUUAUAUUAAAAGUAAAACGGACACACUUAACAUGUUCAUGAAAAAUACAAAAAAUCGUCAAUUUGUAUUAAUUGGUGACAUCUUUCAAAAGGAUCCUGAUAUUUAUGCCGAUGUCUACAAUGCCUAUUCUGAUCGUAUUUUGAAAAUAUUUAUCCGUAAAGAGCAGAACGAUGACAGAGGAAUUGAACGAUUAGAAGAAGUAUUUAAAAAUGUACCACGAGAAAAAUGGACCGCAUUUGAAAAUGGUGAUGAUCUACCGAAAGAUAUAUUCGUCUAA